UGGUCACCAACCGCCGACGAAGCAAACGGUCUCCGCCUUUUUACCUUAGUAAGCCAGGUCACGGUGCGCUGCUGCCUCUAAUGGAGAAAGUGAAAAUGAGCAGGCCCCGCCCGGGACAACCCCACGACUCGUGAGGGGGUAGCAUUGCAGUCUCAGUAUUCUGGCUUUAGGCUUGUCAUGGAAUGUUAAAGGGGGAGAUUCAGGGAACACAUAAAAAAAGUGCCCUCGCAGGUGAAGCUAGAGGAGCUUAAACUUCAGAGUACCUUUGAAAGCUCUGCGACUUCUCCAGAAUAUGAGAGAAGGAAAUAGCCGGAUUCCAGAAUAGGAGGAAAUCCAGAAUUUAGGAAAUCACUUUCUGGAAAGACAGAACAGUUCUUUUCACUAAAUAAUACAAAUAUCCAGAGUAUGAUUCUCAGUACGCAAACCCAGAACACUGGCUGCUGUUUAAAAAUAAAUCAUGGAGGAAGCAUCCCAGCAACCCAACCACGACCUGUCUUCCCUGGACACCAUGAACCACACCGUCCAAACCUUCUUCACUCCUGCCAGGACCAGCCGUCCCCCAAACUAUGAGAUGCUGAAGGAGGAACAUGAGGUGGCUGCACUGCGGGUGCCCCACAACCCUGCGCCCCUGACAUCCACCGUGAUCCACAUCCAAAGCGAGACCUCCGUGCCCAACCACGUCAUCUGGUCCCUGUUCAACACCCUCUUCAUGAACUCCUGCUGCCUGGGCUUCAUAGUGUUCGCCUACUCCGUGAAGUCUAGGGACAGGAAGAUGGUUGGCAACCUGACGGGGCCCAGGCCUACGCCUCCACCGCCAAGUGCCUGAACAUCUAUCUGGGCCCUGAUUUUGGGUAUCAUCAUGACCAUUCUGCUGAUCAUCAUCCCAAUACUGAUUCUGCAAGCCUAUCAGUAGAUCCAGAGGAAUCAUCCUGGCCAGGGGCUCUGCCUGUGACCUGUCUCCCACGUACUCCAGCUUCCAUUCCUCGCCCUGUCCCCAGUCAAUCCUGUAUCAGCCUUUUACCCUCACACACUUUUCUACAAUUGUGUUCAAUAAAGUGCACAUGUUCCUGGUAAUAAAUAAAUAAAUAAAU